CAGAGGGCAUGCAUGAUCGAAGGUAAUCCAGCAUGGUGGCUGAACCAGUUGUUGAGUUCACUCCCGAGGUGCAUUUUGCACAACGCCUUGCUUGCAAUGACAAAGUACAACGUGACAGAGCAGUAAAGAAACUGCGAAAAUACAUUGCCGCUCGUAGCUGCUCAGGAAAAGGUUUCAGCAAAGAUGAGCUGCUCAAGCUGUGGAUGGGUCUGUUCUACUGCAUGUGGAUGUGCGACAAGCCACUCGUGCAGGAAGAUCUUGCUCGCAUCAUCGCACAGCUCAUGCUGGGGUUUGCCCGCCCAGAGUCGGCUCUCGCAUUCGCCGAAGCUUUCUUCAGGACGAUGCGACGUGAAUGGUACAACAUAGACGUGUUUCGCCUGGACAAGUUCCAGAUGCUGGUGCGACGUUUCGUCAACCAGAUCUUUGUUUUGCUCAAGAAUAACAAGUGGAACAAGCAGCUCGUUGCAACAGCACUCAAAAUGUUCUCGUCAGGGCCGCUGAGUGCUGCUGAGGAAGCAUCAGUUGAUGGCAUUCGAUUUCACAUCGCUGACAUUUUCUUAGAGGAGCUAACGAUGGUCAGUGCGGCCGAACUCACUGCCCGCCAGAAUCUCGCAUUCCUCGAGCCGUUCGCGUCGCUGCUGGCCGCCACCAGGGGCGCCUCCGUCACGAACAGGGUCUGCAAGCGAGUUUUCCACAGCAUCAUCUACGACUCGCCGCUCGCGCAAAAACUUCACCCGGACGACGAGGGCGACAGCGACGAUGAUGACGACGAUGCGGGCGAGCGGACGGUGGCGCCCCCGCGGCUAUCGUUCGACUACUCCGCGAUCGCCGAGCUGCUCUUUCGGACGGCGAGCGAGCGGAAGUGCGCCGCACGCAAUCGAGGCGCCCUCUACCGGCUCGUCAGACGCUUCAGGGACCUGGAGGCGGGAAUAUUCCCGCUGGAGCCGGACCUGGAUAGCGGGAGCGAGCUGGAGCUGAAAGCGAGUGACUACGAUGAGGCGGUCGAGCGACUAGGAGCGGAGAUGGAACGUGACCAUGAGGAGAGGCAGAGGUUCAAAAAGAUGAAGAGAAGAGACGCAGAGCCACCGGACUCCAACGAGGUGAGCGGCGAAGAGGAGGUCAGCUCUGCGGCGGAGGAGAGUGAGGAAGAGGAGGCCAGUCCUGCGGCGGAGGAGAAGAUGAAGAAAAAGAAAAAGGAGAAGAAGAAGAAGAAGAAGAAGAAGAAAGCACCAAGCGAGGAAGGGGAAGCGACGGAGGAGGUCGGCAAGAAACGGAAAUCGAACGGGUCGUCCGCCGGCGCGGCAAGCGAGAAGACGAAAAAGAAGAAGAAGAAGCAGAGGCUCGCCGAAGCUCGACAGAGCAGUGUUGCCGCGGGCGACGAAUCUCUGGAGACGACGAAGAACGCUUCGAUGGUGAACAGCGGAAAGAGUCCUUCUCCGGGAAGAAAACGGAAGAGGACAGAAAGCCGGGAGACUCUGAACAGUGGCGUGAGCGUGCGGGACGUACGUCCUAACGGAGCAGUAGGCGCCAAGAAGAAGAAGAAACGGCAGGUUGCCUCGUCGUCACCGCCAUCGUCCGAUUGCGCGAAUUCGGUCGACGCGUCGCAGGACGAGGUAAGCACGCCUCUCCCGCCGCGUGGUGGCGCUACGCGUGCUGCGCCGGGGGCAGGGACGACGGGCGGUGAAUCCUCCGCGUCGGACGUGCCGGUUGGGACGACGACGGCGAAGACGAAAAAGAAGAAGAAGAAGAAGGUGAAAUCUUCGCAUGUGACUUCAGACGGACCGGGUGGCGAGAGCGUGGCUAGAGAGCCCAGCAGGUCUUGGGCGGAGCCUCCUAAAGAAGGUGAGGUGGAGAUCUUCAUUCCACGAAAGAAGACAAAGGCGGCGACGGCAGCAAAGAACCCUCAACCUGCGCUUCCCUCGCUCCCCGCCUUCACGCGGGUGACGACACCGCCGCCGGCGUUCGUCCGCCGCGGCGCCCACAAGGUGGCACCAGGGACCGCGCCACGCAUCGCCGCUGCGACGACCCCCGUGCGGCUGUGCGCGUCUGAGCCGUCUCGCAAGAAGGUUCAGUUUGCGCUGAUGCGGAACACUCAGCACGCUCACUGGGACUACAAGUCGUCGGUGAAGAGCAGCCCCGCGGUGCCGUUCGACAAGGACCGGCGACCCGUGCAGGGGCUCCUGAAGUUUUCGCCUGGCGGGGAAGAGAGUCCCGCGACGGGAAAGUCGGGAAAGAAGGCAAUGAAGGGAAGGCGGUUGCGUGCCGCGGAUUUUUUCUGAGAUGAGUCCCACACUGACGGAUGAGUAGAGAGGGGGAGGGAGAGUAAUAAUGCUGAGGGUAAAAGAGCAGAGGAGGGAGGUAGGGAAAAAAAGCGAUAGAGAGAGAGAGUUAGCGUGAAAGCAAGAGAGACGGGGGCGCAAGGGGGAGGGAGGGACUAAGAGAGGGCAGGAAGGAGGGAGAUAAGGAAGGAGAGAGAUAAUGAGAAAGAGAGGGAGAGAGAGAGAAGAGAGAAAGAACGGUGAUUGAGGGUGGAGAGUGGGUAGCAAUGAGAUGAUUGAGGGGAGCGUAGGAGACUUACAAAACACUCCGUCCCAAACAGUUUCUUGCAAUAGCAGAUGGAAUGCAGAUAGAUAAGCAGAGUCAAUAUUUGUUAGUUAGAAUAAUCAAGAUGAGAUGAUUCCUUCACGCCUGCUGAGGGAGAGUCAUGGGCGGCCAUGUGUCAGAGUACAUUGGGAAUAGUGCGUGCCUCUCUCGGUCACUAUGCUGGCAUCAUGCAGUGGCGUAUCUAGAGGGUGGGGGGGGGGUUGCAACACUGAAAUGACUGACUAAUGUUAUCAGGAGGGAAUAAUAAUAGAUUGUUA